AUCAUGUUCACUGGCGCAUGCUUUGGCCACCUCAGGUUGUAGCCGGCAUAUGAUUCCUCGAAGCUCGACGGAUUCUUUCACGCAUUCAAGUCUUUCAAUAGUACCUCUAGCACUUGCAUUUACACCACGGCCACAUCAUGACGCCGACACCCGUAAGAGAAGCUCUGCACUUUGCAGAUGCGGAAAGCAAGCAGUUUAUAGAGUAUAUGCCGCCAGUUGCUGCUCAGACACCAACGGAAAAGCCUUUCGUCACAUUAACCUUUGCCACGUCCCUCGACAGUCAGCUGUCCAUUGCCCCAGGAGUGCAAACGGCACUUUCAGGGCCACAGUCCAAGUCAAUGACACAUUUUCUACGUUCCAAACACGAUGCCAUACUGAUUGGAGUGGGCACGGCCGUUGCCGAUAAUCCAUCCUUAAACUGCCGGAUAGAGGGUGUGGGUGGUUACGGUGGUGAGGGCCUCAUCGGGCAGCCUCGACCGAUUGUUGUUGAUCCACAAUGCCGUUGGCAGUUCAGUGAGGAGAGCAAGGUGCUGAAGCUUGCUGGGGAGGGUAAAGGAAAGGCACCGUUCAUCAUCACUCAUGUGGCACCAUCCGAAGCUCGCAGGUCUGCACUGGAGAAUGUGGGAGGCAAGUUCUUGCUUCUGGGGCCGUCACCUACACAGAAGAGCGAGACUACUUCCUCAUGGCACAUGAUUCUGGAUGCAUUGAAAGAACAAGGCAUACGAAGCGUCAUGAUUGAGGGUGGCGGGUUCGUCAUCAAUGACUUUCUCGGCCCGGGCCCUGCAUAUUCGCUCGUGGAUUCGGUUAUUGUCACCAUAGCUCCGACAUGGCUCGGAAAGGGCGGUGUUCAGGUUUGUCCUGAUGGAGGUUCUGACCGACUUCCUGUCACCAGAUUGAAGGAUGUCAAAUGGAUACCACUCGGAGAGGAUGUAGUGCUCUGUGGACGACCAAACACGUCGCUGCGGCAAGGACACAAGCCGUAGUAUAUUAGCAGUCGUAAUAUACAAUUUCUGUUGAGCCAACCGGCUCACUCAAUCCAAGGUAGCUCAUCAGAGACUUCCCCUUGGAACAGCUCUUUGACGCUGUCUUCCAAAUGCUUGAAGUGCCUUGCUCCUGUACUGGCAUUCCAUCCUCGUAGUUGCCUCUUGCCGCCGAGUAGAGCGCCAGUGCCCAUAGGGUCCUCCUUCCACGCUGCGUAUCCAGACUUCUCCUCUCCUAGAAGGGUACUUGUCAAUGCGUCUUGUGUCAUGAUUGGAUCAAUACCCUGGAUCUGGAUGCGACUUUUGGGCCAUUUGAUUGUC